AUGUUUUCGUUUACAUCUUUGGGUGUGAAGAAGGAUAAAGAAUUAGCGCAAAGACAUCAUGGUAUUUACACAUUUAGAGUUCAAGGGCAAGUUUAUCAUUACGUAAAUGAUAUACAUCGAAAUGAUGAGAAACCACGAUAUCUGCUGCUAUAUCUCUAUGACACGGAUGUUGAGUACCGACAUCGUGUAUCAAUUUUUAAGAAUCUUGAUCCACGUGUUAUUGGCCAAUUAGUGCGAUUAAUGGAGCUAAAUCCGUAUGUUCAAUUUUUUCGGUCACUUAAAGACGUUAAUAUAGUUGAUACAAGUCUCAUUAUAAUCCGAUCUAACCUAGGUGAAGAUCAACAUACUCACAAUGCACCUACUUCUUCUCAAGUGGUAGCAAUCUGGUUGGAAGAUGCAGGCACAUCUGGUCCAUUGCAGCGCAAUAUUGUAGUUCGCGCACAUUCAGGUGUAAACCAUUGUAUACAACAUUACUAUGGAUGCUAUGAUCCAUUACGAUAUCCUAUUUUAUUUCCUUACUGCCAAACUGGUUGGCAUAGACAGAUAUAUAGAUUUAAAACAAAGCAUCAAAAAAGACAGGAAUGCCAUACGUUUCCGAUUAAUGAAGUUCUUGUCCAAACUGUUGACGAUCUUCUAGAAGUUGAAGAACAAGAUUUUAUUCGUCGUAACCAAGAUACAAUCACAGCUGAACUUUACCAAGGCAUUCUCGACAGCUUGAACACAAGUGUAUUGCACGGGUCAAAUAUCGAGCGUGGAUUUAUUCUCCCUCCUUCAUUUAUUGGUGGUCCACGAGAUAUGAGGCGCAGAUACCUUGAUGCGAUGGCUUUAGUUCAACACUAUGGAAAACCUGAUAUUUUCUUACCCAUGACCUGCAACCCUUCAUGGCCUGAAAUUACAGACGAAUUGCUUCCCCACAAAGAAGGGCAAAACAGACCUGAUCUAAUUGCGCUAGUUUUCCAUGCGAAAUUAACUGAAUUGAAAAAAGAUAUUGUCCAAAAGAAACUGUUUGGCGAGGUAGCAACAUAUGUUUACGUAAUUGGAUUCCAAAAAGAGGAAUUACCACCACACACUUUCUCAUCAUUUUAG